GGGACUAAUGAACACGACUGUAUAGUAUGCUUCUCGCUUUUGUCUGGAUAGGCCCUAACCUUGGUACGGCAAUCAUCGAAAUUUUAUGAGUUUACGAACGCCGUGACACGAUAAAAUCCCUAACCUCAUUCUUGCAGUUUUCGCAAGGUCCUGACUUGUCCUGACUUCUUGACGCGUCGUCGUUUUGGAAUUGUUUGGACAAUUUUUUUGUGAUUUUUGUCGUAACUUUGGGCGAUAAAAUGAGUUUCGGUUUGCCAUCAAUCAUACCUAAACCUGCUGUACCCGAGCAAUUUGAGAUUAAAAAUGGAACCAAUUAUGGCUUAUCUAAUCCUAUGGUAUCAGGCUUGUCAGCAACCCGACAGAGUCUUGGUCAGGCACAUCCUUUAGAAGCUUCAGAAAGAAACUAUAAAAAGAAUCAAGAACGCAUGAACAUGAUUUUGCUUAGGAAUACUCAAGGAUUACAUGCACCAUUGCGUAUAACAAUGGAAUUGAAAGCCACUGAAAAGAUUGGAAGACUUCCAUUUUUGCCAUCGUCUAAUGUUAUGCGAGAUGUUUUGCUUGGGCAAGACCAAGAUAUACGAUUUGAAGAUAUCUUCAAUACACCGGAAUUCAGAGAACAGAUGGGACAGCCACAUGCUGUUGUAGAAAAUCAACUUGGAAUAUUGUAAAAUUUAAGUUUGCAACAAUUUUGUCUUAAUAAAAAAUGGUUUAUAUAAACUUAAUAAUAACUGUUAAUAAAUUAAUUCUUUAUAAUUUUUGUAAAUGAAAUAUAUAAAACCUUUUUUUUCUGUCAAUGUUUUAAUAGCAGUAAUUUAAAUGUGAAUUGUUUAAUACAUUUAAUAUCACGUGUUUACAAUGAGAAUCAUGUAUAUUUAAGAAAGGCAUUCAAUUUCAUAAAUAUGAAAAUGACAAAAAUAUAUUCUUUUACAAAAACAAAUGAUUUACAUCUGUCGAAUUUUUCACUGUCUUUUGUGCUUUGUGAAAAUAUAUACAUAUACAAAAUGUUUAAGUGAGAAAAUUGUAAACUAGUAAUUCUAGAUAAUAAAUUAAGAUGAAAAUAAAAAAUAA